CCCUCCCCCGCCUCGUUCUUUCUCUCUCUAGAUUUUUCACUCUCUCUCUAUCCAUUUCUAUUUUCUCGCAAAAUCAACCCGUCUCAAUCAAUACGCAAUCUUCCAAUACGCCCGUGCAUAUAUACAGAUAUAGAAAGAUUUAUCUUUUUACUGUCCGUAAUUUGAAAUUCUAGGGUUUUUUUUGGUCUGGUUAUCGCUCAAUCUUCGCAAUUUAGAUUCAAAUGUGGGGAAUAAAGUAGAGUAAGUGGGGACGGAGGGGUUUUAAGUAGAGAAAGCUAGGGUUUUUGGAUUAGCUGCUGGUACUUUUUUUUUUUGUAAUUAGUUUUAUUAAUUCUUGAAGUCGAUCUGUGAGUGUGAAAUGGAUUCUUCUUCGUCGAUGUCGUCGCCGGCAAUCAUGGUUGGGGAUAGCAAUAAUAACGUUAGUAGCAAUAACAGAGAUGGUGCUUUGUCGCCCACGGCCGCUGCUUCUCUGCGAGGGUCGAUGGAGGAUGACGUGGCUCUCUCAGUAGCUGCGGGGCUUGCUAAGGAGGCGGCUCUCUUGUUCCAGGCCGGGAAAUUUGCGGAGUGUGUCAGUGUGUUGAAGCAGCUCUUGCACAAGAAAGAGGACGAUCCGAAGAUUCUUCACAACAUUGCUAUUGCGGAAUACUUUCAAGAUGGUUGUUCAGACCCUAAGAAGCUUCUUGAAGAACUCAAUAAUGUUAAGAAACGAAGUGAAGCACUUGCUCAUGCAUCUGAGGAACAACAAACAGAGUCAGUCGGCAGCACUAGCAGACUUGCAGUUGGAAGUAAAGGAAAUAGUAAUGUAUCAAAUUCAUAUUCUGUCACAAGUAGCCUGCCUGUUGUCUACACUGAUGAAUUUGAUACUUCGGUUACAAUAUUUAACACGGCAGUCAUCUGGUUCCAUCUCCAUGAAUAUGCAAAAUCAUACAGGAUUUUGGAUGCAUUGUAUCAAAAUAUUGAACCCAUAGAUGAGGGGACAGCUCUACGUAUUUGCCUUCUAUUGCUGGAUGUAGCAUUAUUUUCGAACCAUGCAUCUAGAUCUGCUGAUGUGAUUAGCUAUGUGGAGAAAGUAUUUUGUGCCAAUAGCAUGACCAACCAAGUAGAUAAUGGAAGCUCAUUGCAUCAACCUACCAUGGUGUCAAAAUCUGCUUCAUUUUCUGCUACAAUUCCUGGUGCCUCAAAUUCUGAUUCAGCUUCUUCUGCAAAUGUUUUGGAAAGUUCGUUAUCUAGAACUUUAUCAGAAGAGGCACUUGAGGAUGAAUCAUUGCAGUUACUAUCAUCCCUGGAUAUUGGUGGAGAGAAUCUGCCAAGACCAUCUAGUCUCCAAUCUUCAAAUGAUGUUUCAAGGAUUCAAACUGACGAUUCUAUCUCAACGGUUGAUCUCAGGCUUAAGUUGCAUCUUUACAAAGUCAGUUUUCUGCUCCUUACCAGAAAUAUCAAGGCAGCUAAGCGUGAAGUUAAGAUGGCUAUGAAUAUAGCGCGCGGCAAAGAUUAUACAUGGGCACUUUAUCUGAAGUCGCAGCUUGAGUAUGCUCGGGGAAAUCACCGUAAAGCGUGCAAGCUUUUGAUGGCAUCAAGUAAUCUAACAGAAAUCGGAAUUUCUAGCAUGUAUUACAACAACUUUGGCUGCAUCUAUUAUCGUCUUGGGAAAUAUCACGCAUCAAGUGUAUUCUUUUCCAAAGCAUUGCGUUACAGGUCAACUUUGUUGAAGGAGAAACCUGUAAAGCUAGCAACUUUCUCACAGGUUAAGUCUUGGCAGAUGGCAUAUAACUCUGGUCUGUCGCUCUUGUCUUGUGGGAAACCAGUACAUGCUGCUCAAUGUUUUUACAAGGCUGGUCUAACUUACUACAACAGGCCUCUCCUGUGGCUGAGAAUUGCUGAGUGCUGCCUUAUGGCACUGGAGAAGGGGCUUUUGAAGUCCAAUUACUCUAGUCCCUCUGAUGGCUCUGAUGUUAAAGUUCAUGUUGUUGGUAAGGGAAAAUGGAGGCAACUUGCAUUGGAAGAUGGGGUUUCAAGAACUGGGAAGUUUGAUUCUGUUGGGAGAGAUGAUUUUUCUUUCGGCAACGGUAGACUGCCCGAGUUGUCAAUGUCCCUUGCUCGACAAUGUCUUUUAAAUGCAUUGCACUUGCUUGAAAGCUCUGAUUCAAAAUAUUUGAAGUCUGGUUUGCUUUCUGAUUCUGCUGCUGAAGGAAGUGAAUCAGGAGACUCGUCGUCUUCCAAGGCCACAAGCUACAAGAAUCUAGCAGGUGGUGAUCCAAAGUUAUUGAAUGCAGCAGUAGGCUCAGGGCAGGCCAACACAAAUGGGGAGGUAAAAGAGCAAAAGUGUGGAAAUGGUCAAAACACUUCUCUGCUAAACUCUGUCAGUGAUUAUGAAGAUAUUUGUAGGAAAGAGAACCAAAUGAUCGAACAAGCUCUUCUAGCUGAUAUGGCAUACGUAGAGUUAGAACUAGAAAACCCACUUAAGGCUUUGUCAACAGCAAAGUCUCUUUUGAAACUUUUCGAGUGUUCCAAAAUAUACGUCUUUCUGGGUCACUUGUAUGCAGCUGAAGCUCUAUGCCUGCUGAACCGGCCAAAGGAAGCUGCUGAGCAUUUGUCCGUCUAUGUGACUGGUGGAAGCAAUUUUCAACUGCCAUACAGCCAAGAUGAUUUGGAAAAGUGGAGUGUGGAAAAGAUAGUGGAUUUUGAGGAACCGAAUGGUGGGCCUUCAUCUGUUAAUGCAUCGUCUUCUGAUGAAUUUCAAGGUUUUACGUUCCUCAAGCCUGAAGAAGCUCGUGGAACUAUUUGUGCUAAUUUAGCUCUCCUGGCCGCAGAACUGGGGGAUCCUGGGCUGGUCCAAGAUGUUAUGCAAGCGACAGCUUCGGCACUAAACAGUCCCCACGUUAUUCUUGCUACUGUUUACUUGGAUCUUCUGCAGGGGAAGACACAAGAUGCUCUUGCCAAGUUGAAACAGUGUAAUCGUAUUAGAUUCCUUCCUGGUAGAUCGACACUGGAUGGCUCUAGUUGAUGGUCCGGGUUGUAUUGAUGGUUCUUGUCAGUUUUAUUCAACCUAUUUCUUAAUUCGAAUCAGCAGGUAGGUUAGCAAUCCUUUGAAGGGAGGAUUUGUAACAUAUAUAUAGUUCAAAUCAGGAAAUAAGUUUUAACUUUCGAUUUUUUUGUUUCUCAAAAAUUUUCCUUGUAGGCUGUAGUAAUAGGCGGUGUAGCUGAGAUUAUUUGAUUGUCUCAGAUGCCCACCUAAAAGAUUUGAGAUGUAGUUUUGAUUCAGGUGAUUGUGUUUUAGAGCCUAACGUAGUUCAGCUUUGAAUUUGUAGAGAAUGUGUCAUUGAGAGAUGAAUCAAAGAAAUUUUCAGUUUA